AUGUUUCGAUUAAUAAAUUCAUAUCCAUAUAAAAAAUUAUAUUUUUCAAAUUUUUUUCUUAAUGAAUAUCAACAUCAAUUAAAACCUUAUUUGAUAAAUGCUUAUAAAAAUACGAAAACUCAAUUAGGAAAAUGUUCAUUAAUCUAUACAAUUAAAACAUUAGCAUUUAUAGAUGGUACAAAUUCAUAUAUAGCUGGAUAUUAUCAAUUUCCAUUACCACAUACACGACAUUUACGACCGAAACGAAUUAAUCAAAGAAAAUAA